AUGGAAAGCCAACCCAUAGUCAUCCAGUCCAUGGAUGACAUCCGAGGCAUUAGCCGCUCAGCAUCCACCGAGCCGGGAAAUUCGUCCGUUGACACUGAAUCGCGUCAUGGAACUCUAGACAAACUAUCAAAGUCACCUAAAGCCAGUGGCUGGUUGUCCAAUUCUAAUCUUCACGGAUUUUUUGAGUUUCCGAUAAUCCAAGGUAGAAAGUUUGCCCAGUGUUUGUACUGUGGAAAACAAUACCCAGCAGGAGAGUCAAGGGGAAACCUCUCAAAACACGUCCGCAAUGCACAUCCAGAAGGCUACAAGAAAAGGAACAACAGAGGAAAAAGAUCGAGGACUCUAGAAGCUUUUGGAAAGAGAUCAAACGCUCUUAGGGUGUCUCGUGCAAUAGAAGACGAAUACAAGAAAAAUCCCGAGUCUUUCCAGUCGGUCAUGCUUGUCGUGGAGGGCUUCCUACCGUUCAGCUGGGUUGAGCUAGAUACUUGGGGAAUCAUAAACAGCACGAGAGGUUCAAAUUUCAUUCAAUCCAAAUCGACUCUUGUCAAGAAACUCGACUUGUACGCGACUUAUAUGGAAGAUUGUUUGGCGUCGAAUCUUAAAGACACACAUCUCGUGAACGUCCUGUUGGAUGUCUGGACCGCGUCCAACGGUGAAUCUUUUCUAGCCAUUAUGGUGUCGUUCGUCCCCAACAUUUUCAAUGAAACCACCUUGAGGCUAGCCACAGAUCCUUCAAUUUUUUUUGACAGGAGUGGUAAAGCUCAAAACACGCACUUGCUAGACGUUCAGAGCCUCGGCACCAAUCGGUAUACUGCCAAAUACACGCAUGCUUCAGUCUCGUCCUUGUUGGAGAAGCAUAAACUGCUGGACAAAGUGGCUACUUUGACAAUGGAUAAUGCCGAAAAUAAUGGCUCUUUCUAUUCUCAUUUGCUUGACGAUACUCUGAAGCUAUACAAGCCAACGGCACACCGUCUGUUCAGACGGGUGCGUUACAUAAGGUGUGCAAGCCACGUUUUGAACCUACAAUUUCAAAAACUGUUUGAUCAUCUGCAUUCUAACCGCAUCUUUGCGGAUGCUUACGCUAAAAUUGUUAAGAUGGCAACAAUAAUGAGAUCUUCCACCCGCAUAGCUACCAGUUUGAGAAACUCGAAGAUACCAUUCAUCCCGCUAGACUGUCCAACCAAAGGGAUGCUAAAAUGGCACCAAAUUCAGAAGUUCUUGGCAAAUCGUAGCGUAUACGCGAUGUGGUGCAAAAAAUUGGAAGAGAUGGGUGACGCAAAAUUCGCCGCCAAGCUGCAAAAGUAUCUCAUCUUCGACUCGAGGACAACUCAUUUGCUGAAGUAUUUUGUCGAGACAUGUGGACUUUUUAACACUAUAGCGCUUCAAUUGCAACAGGACGAUUACAACUGCUUGUCCAGUGGUGUAUCUUUCUAUUACCUGUUAGACCACUACUACCGUGCUUCUUCACAAGCUGCAGAGGGUGCCAUAAUCUCGGAAUCGUCUUCAGCAAUCAAUUUUUCACAUCUUAACGGCUCAUCAGCAUUGCAUCCGGAAGAUAAAGAGCUCGUUUUGGAGGCUAUGGCACACGCACAAGAGUCACAUCUGGAGUACUUUUCCGAAGUCCAGACCGAUCCCAUUUACUGUUUGUCUGUUCUACUCGAUCCCAGACUAAAGACCGAGAAGUUACACCGGAUAAUGUAUACGUCAGAGGCAAACCAAAGAAUCCGACUUUGUGAGCUUUUCAUCAAAAAUUACUUCAAAGAAUAUGAGUCUGUCCGCCCUCCAAAAGAGGAUGCCACUGGUGUCAAGCCCACUCAGGACGUGAAUCACAAUGUGCUUGACUUUGAUAAGCAAAAACUGGCGAUAAAAGAUUUAAGUUCCAGCAAUGAGCAGAGAACUGAUGGUAAUAUGGUACAAACUGAAGAAUGGAUAAAUUACUUGGGUGAGCCUCUUUUAGCUGCAACUUCCAGAGAAGCCGCCAUUACUUGGUGGUUCGACAGGCGGCUGCGCUAUCCAAGACUUUUCAAACUUGCAAUGUCUUUAUUCUACACCAAAAUAAGUACAUGCGAUGUCAAGAAGUGCUUGUCUUUGGCUGACAAGGUCAUGCAGAAGAAACGUAAGCGCUCACUCGGAAAGGAUGUGAGGACGUCAAUGGUUUUGAGAGACAGGUUUCAGAAUUUUAACUUCUACAAGACUAAUGAAAGUUCAUCACUUACGGAAGAGCAUGAUAGAGGAGCAAGCGAGUUCGAAGCAAACAUUGGGGGGUCUGAUGUCGAUACUUGA